UUAUUUAAUUAAAAAAAUAAAAAAAUCCCCGUCCCCGACCUCAAACAAACCGGGACCGGCGGCCUCGUUCGUCCCCUCCCUCCGGGCCUCCACACCGCCAAACCCUAGACCCCUCCUCCACGGCAACCUCCGCCCCGCCCGAUCCGACUGGAUAGUGAGGUUGCUGAUUUUAGAUAAUUUGGUUCUCUCCGGAUGAAUCAAGAUGCCUGGAAAUGAUGAUAAGUUGGCUGCUGCUGACCGAAUAAAGGCAGCCACGUUAUCAGCUGCCAAGGGACUGAGCAGGGCUCAAGCUGAACGUGCUGCUACCGCUGCUGCCCGCAAUGUCAAUGCCUAUGGGCAGAAGGAAGAAGGUCCAAGCCGCUGGCAGGAGAGGAAGGAAGCUAAGAGGCAGAUGUAUCUGAUGAGUACAGAGAAGGCUGCAAAACUCGGUACCGUGAAACCAAAAGUUUCAGAAACUUCUUCUGUUGGUGCAUAUACCCAAUGUCAGAAGUGUUUCCAGCAUGGGCAUUGGACAUACGAGUGCAAAAAUGAGCGGGUGUACAUGUCGUGGCCCUCAAGAACGCAGCAGCUUAAGAAUCCCAAGCUGAAGAAAAAUGUGUCGGUUUCUUAUCAAUUUGAGAAUCCUGAUCUUGCAAAGGAAAGGGAGGAGGAGAGGAACUUGAUGAAAGAAAAGUUGAAGAAGAAAAGGUCGGAAACAAAAAAGGUAAAGAACAAUAGAAAACACCGUUCGUCAAGUGAUUCAGAUAGAAACAGUAGUGAUGCUUCGGUGUUUGACUCCGACACUGAAUCAUCAGUGACGGGCUCCAAGUAUUCUUCCGGAAGCAGCUCAAGAUACAGUUCCUCGGACUCCGAGGAAAAGAAGCGGCAACACAGAAGGAAACAGAAGAAGAGAAGGCACAGGAGGGAUAGCACAUCAUCAGAAUCGUCUGAGUCUGAGUCUGAAUCUGCAUCAGACAGUGAUUUUGAUGACAAGGGAAGCCGAAGGAAGAGCAAAAGACGGGGCGACAAGCGCUGAGUUUGAAUAACUGGAGAAGGCGAUGUGGAUGUUGACUAUGGUGAUAUAGUUUAGUUCACAUAUCAUAAUCAGAGCUGCAUUUGCCAGGUGUCCUCCAAGAAACAAAUGUAGCAGUUGCUUCCCUAAAUGCUACUACGGAUAUUUUUUUCCUGUAGUAAGAAGUGCCUAAAGUUCUAGAUAUUCCUUUUCUAUGAUCUUUGUGAGAACCAUUGGGUCUUGUAACAAUGUUCACCUAUGAAUUCCUAAGAGUGGUGUGCUUAUCUUCCUAAAAAAAUUCUGUAAUCAUUUGAUCUUGGCUCAUCCUCUUUGAAUCAUUCUUGCA